AUGGAGGAGCAGGAGGCAGGCGGAGACAAAGACGAUCCUGAUACCGAAGAGGGAGAUCGGGAUGGAGAUGAUGAGGAUGACGAGGACGACGAGGACGACGAGGACGAGGAAGAGGAAGAGGAAGAGGAGGAUGAGGAAGAGGAGGAAGAGUUAGGUACAGUUCAUCACUCCAGAGAGGAUACCAGAUCCCUAGACCCACCGAGUCUCCCACGGCGGGCAGAGAGGGAUCCCAUAAGGGCUCCUAAUCCUCAACCCUAUCGGCCCACACCGAUUAUACAAAGACAGUACGAGCGGGGAGAAACUAGCGGGUCUCAAUCUCAGAAUGCAGUGACAGACCUUAUUGUGACUGCACGCAUUCUGAUUUCUACACAGAUACCGCAUAGAUCCCAGAGGAGUGCAGGACGACACGAGGACCUUUUCUCCCCUAUUCGGACGGAGGUGGAGGUCCUACGAGACAGAUUACGACAGAGAGAGUGUGACCUAGCAACGAUGCAGACAGAGGCAGCCACAUGCCAACGGAUCAUGAUGGAGAGAGAUCGCAGGAGCUCCUCAUGGAAUCACUCGCGGACUGGAAUUUGGCCACUUAAUCGAACUGCAUUGCAGAAUGAUAUGAGGCCAAGUGAGGCAUUUGAUGUUGAAGGGGAUAUACACAAACUGAUUGAAGAAUUUGUGGAACAGUAUAGUGGAACACAAGCAACGGUUGAUGGUAUAAGUUUUCCACCACAAACCAGCGAACCAAGUCUGCCCCCACAAACCAAUCAGCCAAAUGAGGGUGUGAAAACAUCAGCAAACAUGUCUUUGCCAACACAAGUUGUCAUACCAGAGUGGAUUCAAGAAGCAGCCAACUCUGAUGAUGUAACCCUUUCCAUGCCAACUCCGCCAGAAAUUGAUCCAACAGAUGUGAUCCAUUACUUCACCAAUGCAACCAACUGGGAGCAGCAAGAUGGUGUUGAUUGUGAAGAAGAAAUUCACAUAAGUGAAGAACCUAACUUUGUGCCAUGCACCCAAGAUGAUGGGCAACAAGUAUCGAGGAAAAUCACCGGAUUUUUUAGACUUCCAGUGCAGAGAAUGAAUCAUUAUGCACGGGGAGGUAGGAGAGGGGUGCUACAUCUUAGUAGGCAGACACAUAUUUUGGCAUCUAAUGAGUGCAUUCAAAAGGAACAAGAUAAAGAGACAGAAAGGAAAAGAGAUGAGGAAUUGGCAGAACGAAAAAAAUAA